AUGCUGGUGCCGACCUUCUCGUCCCUGUCGACGGCCUCGACCGACGCGCAGUGCGCGCUGCUGCGCCGCCUGAGCACCUUGGGCCUCGUGUACGCCAAGCUGCCGGUGCGUCAGCUGCGCGAGCUGGCGCCGCCCGUGCCGGCCUUCAACACGGAGCCGCGCGAGCUGGCGCUCAAGGGGUCGCUGCUGGACGCGCGCACGCUGCUGGGCCCGUUCCCGGCCGACAUGCUCGAGUCGCUGGCCACGUGGCUAGACCAGGGCAUCGACAAGGUGCUGGUGGACGCCGCCUCCAGCGACGACGAAGAGCUGGAGCGCGUGGCCGUCGCAGUGUCGGAACUGCCGGCCAGUCGCGUGGUGCUGCGCAUUCCCGUGCCGGCGCUGCACGCGCGCGAGGUGACGGAGCUCCGCGAGAAGCUGGCGAGACUGGACGGCACCGCGAGUGGCGUGGUGUUCGCCAUCGACUCGGUGACGUUGACGCAGGAGAGCGGCUUCGAGGCGCUGUUCACGAGUCUCCAAGCACUGAGGAAGAGCGUGGACGAGGGCUUCUUCUUCGCGGUGGAGAUGAACGCUGGACCUGCUGCGGGAUUCAACUCGGUGCUGGCUCUGGCCAGGAUCCAGGAGUUCCACCACAAGAACAUCCACGUUGUGGCGCCCGGAUACUGCAACGGGGAGGGCGAGGAGCAGGUGGACAUGGUCACGAGUGACGGCGAAGCGACCGUGGAUGCGGCGCUGUCGUUCGUGCAGUGUCUGCGCACGGACCGGCCCGAUGGUCUGUUCACGACCGUCGUGGCGGAUGAAGCGGGAGUGGCGCUCGGUCUGGUGUACUCGAGCGCGGAGAGCAUCUUGGCCGCGGUGUCCAGUGGACGCGGUGUCUACUACUCGCGGUCGCGUGGCGGCCUCUGGAAGAAGGGCGAGAGCAGCGGCAACGCCCAGAAGCUCAUCCAGAUCGACAUGGACUGCGACAGCGACGCGCUGCGCUUUACUGUGAACCAGACGGGUGCUGGCUUCUGCCACCUCAACACUCGCACGUGCUGGGGCCGUGACGGCGGUCUCCGCGCCCUGGAGAGCAUGCUCUUUAGCCGCCACGCCCACGCGCCCGCCGGAUCGUACACCAAGCGGUUGUUUGACGACGCAGAGCUGCUGCGUAACAAGCUGGUGGAGGAGGCGCAGGAGCUGGCAGAAGCUGAAUCGAUCCCUGAUGUGGCGGGUGAGGCUGCCGACGUCAUGUACUUCGCCAUGGUUCGUUGUGUCGCUGCUGGCUGCAAGCUGAGCGACGUUGAGAAAAUGCUUGACAAGCGCGCGUUGAAGGUGAAGCGACGACCCGGCAACUCGAAGGCCUACCGCAUAUCAGCCGCCAACAAGAUCCUGAACAGCAAGGGCAUGCAGAGCGGCUCCAGCGUAGCUUCGGUGUCGGCCUCCGCAGUCAGUGAGCAGUAAGCCGAGAGGUAAUCCGCUAGAAGAUUAUCCAGUCAGUCUACUGGAUCACUCCCCCAGCAUCCCCCUUCCAUUCCUAGAGUCAGGAGAAAGUGUUGCGCGCUUAAUGCGCAGCACUAAACACGCAGAAGCCUUCAUC